AUGCUUGUUUUAACAGAAAACACAUUAGAAAAAUUAAAUAGCAUAAACUAUUCGAGAGGUAGCAAGGUACCAUAUAAAAGAAACAGCCCACAGUUAAAAGUAAUUGCAAACAGAAUUACUCCGUACUGCAAGGAUACAUCAAAAUACAAAAGGGAAAUAAUAAAAACACGUAAGUUUUUAAAGGACAGUAAUAACACAAAAUAUAGAUUUUUAUAUGCAAGAAAAAAUAGAGUUAGUUCAGAACGUAAUAGGAAAACAAAACUUUUUCUUAUAAAAAAGAAAAGGAAUGCAGUAUGUCAAUUAGAAAGAUUUUCAAAAAUUAAAAAGAAUAAAAAUCAAGUUAUAGCAAAAAGAAUAAAUUAUAAUGUUAUCUUAAAAAAUUCUGAACAUGAAACAAAUUCAUUUUUAUUACAUUUAAAAGGAAAAAAAAAAAUAUUUCCCAGUAGAAGGAGAUCAAAAAUAGACUUAUUGAAUGUUAGAGAAAUCACAGGAGACAAACGGAAAGGUAUAAACAGAAAACACUUUUAUGAUUUAUACAAAUUAAAUAAUAUUUCAAAAUUAGAACCAAAAACGAAUCAUAAUAUAGACAGUAAAGAUAUUAUAUGUAAUAAGCAGUUUUAUAAUAAAAAAAAAAAAAUAGGCAAGUUGCAGUAUGUUGAUAAAAUUCAACAAAAUGUAGCACUUGAUACGACUAUUGUAUCUAAUAGUAAGCAUACUAAAGCGUAUGUAAAUAGGUAUAGGUCAAAGGAGACGGUUCUUAAUAAAUACUGUAAACGAAAAUUAACCACUAAUAGUUUAAUGGAUUCAAUUAUUACUCUAUCGAAUAAAUUACACAAGAAAAUCGAAAGAAGAAAAGAAAAAGAAAUAGAAAAAGAUGGAGAAAAAGAAAAAACAAAACAAAAAAAAAACAAUUCUGAAUAUGAGUACGAACAUCAGUUUGAACAUGAAUAUUAUAAAAAUGUACUGCACUAUGCAAAUAAAAUACUGCAUGAGAACUGCUAUUCCCGGUGCAACUUCAGUUCCAGCAUAAACAAAAACGAAAUAAAAAAAUUGAAAUGCAAAUUGAAAAAAUACAAUGAUCUACCAAACUACUAUUUUAGAAAACUAUUUAAAAAUAUAGAGUUCAAAAAUAAGAAAAAUUGUAAAAAUGUAUGUAAUUCUAGAAGUAAUAUAUGUUGCCACCAUAGCGACUGUAAUAUUCACUAUAGUGAAAGGAGCAGUACUCGCCGUAGUGUGCAAAGUAGUUUUCAUAAUGUUUCUCAUAGUAGCCUGCGUUGUAGCGAUAGCUUUUCCUUGAGUAAACGUAUCAACAAGGAAAAUAAAUGUGCUUGUGAUUCCAUUAAAGAAAAGGAAGAAUUUCCUACAAGUUCAAAAAAUAUAUAUCAUAAGCAUUAUUAUUCGGAUAAUUAUUUUUCAGUAAAACGUAAAAGGAAAAAAAAAAAGAAAAAGAAAAAGAAAAAGAAGAAAAUUCAUCCAUCUUGCAAAUCUUUUAAGAAUACACAUUUAAGUAAACAAGAGAGUUAUAAUUUACUCGUAACAAAAACAGGUAAUAAAAAUAUUAAAUUUAAACCCAUUUUAGGCAGUCAAAAAGUUGGCAGAAGUUGCUCUAAAGAACAAUCAUUUAAAAAAUUGGAAAUUAUUAAUAAAAAGAUAAAAUCAAAAAAAAAAAAAUUUACAAAAAUGGAGAUGGUGAACCGCGUGUCUUCCCCCGCACAUAAGGGAGUAGAUCAUGUAUCUUAUAGUUGUAACAGUUACAAUAGAAAUAGUAGCAGUAGUGCUAGUAGCAAUGGUAGUUGUAAUAAUAAGAGAGUGCGUAACGCAGCUUAUAAUAUGCGUUAUUACGAUCACUGUAACAUUAAAAGUAAUUGUACUAAUACGUACAAUAAAAUUAACUGUACUGAUAAAAAUAAAAAUAAAAAUAAAAGAGAAUUAUGUAUAACAAAUGUUUUAAAAGAUGGUACUAAUAUAUUUGAUAAUGAUAAAUCAUCACAUGGUAUUAAAAAAUUUGGAAUUAUUUUUGUAGAUUGUAAGAAGCAUAUAUCCACAAAGGGGGAAUAUAUCAACGAAAAGUUAAAAAAAAGCAAAAUUGUAGGUUAUAAUACCCGUUUAGGUAAAUUCGGUAAUGCACAGAAGUUCUCUAAUAAUAACGAGGUAAAAUUUAAACAAAAAAAUAUAGCAGAUAAUAAGUGUAGCACCUUGAGCGAAAAAAUAGGUAAGUUGGACAGUUUAAACGUUUCUGAAUAUACAGAUAAUAAGAGUAUAGUUUCACAUGUAGCAAACCCUAGUGGUAUUAGCAGUGUUAGAAGUAGUAGUCAUCAUCGUAGUAGUAGUAGUAGUAAUACGGACAUUAAAAACCUUUCUAAGAGUGUCAUUAGGAAUUACCAUAAAUGUUUGAUGACUAAUUCGAAUAACAAUAGUGACGUUAAAAAUGAGGGGAAAAUUGAACAUAACAGUGAGGGGAACCAUGAUAGUUGUAGUAAUAGUAGUAGUAGAAAUGAAAUCAACACAAGUCCUAAGGAUAUUUUUCCUAAUGAUACUAGAAAUAGUUCCAAAAAUAGAAACUGUAAUAAUACAUGUAUGCAUAUAUUUAAUGAAUACAAUUUUAACAUCAAUAAUGUUAAAAGAAAUGAUUCAUAUAUUAACAUAUCUGAAGAAAAUAUUAGUAAUACAGAGAUUAUUAAUAACAGCACGAAUAAUAAUUACAUACGAAGUAGUAUCGAUAACGAUAAUUUUAGUAGUGCACAUAAUUCUUUUAAUAGUUAUCUUAAAGACAGAAACGAGGAAAACAGUAUUAUCUGUAGCUUCAAUGGUUUAUAUAAUAUGUGUAAUAAUGUUUCUCUUUAUAGAAUAUCAUCACAAAAUAGUAAUGAUAAAACUUUAAAUGUACACAAUACUAAAAAUUGUUUUAUACGCUUAACUCCUUUGCAGAAGGGCAUAAAGAUAAAAUCCUCAGGCAGCGAUAAUAUAGAUUCCCCAAAAGAAGAAGCAGAAUACAGAGAACACAAGCUAGUUGCGCACAAUAAGCAAAUUGCCCUUACUGAACAAAUUACGUACAAUAAGCAUAAUACAGAAGGAAAUUCCGAAUUAGUAAUAGGCAGUUUAUCCGAAUUAAAAAGCCUAAGAUCGAGCACAAACUCUUUAUCCAGUAGUGAGUUACUUAAAACUCCGAUAUUGUCAAAUAUAGAAAAUAAUAAGCUUUAUAAUUUUGCUAAUAUUUUUUCCAAAGAUAUUAAAGAUUUUUGUCUUUUAAAAUCAAAACAUAAGAGAGAAAAGAUAUCGAAAAAAACAUUCAUAAUAGAAGAGACUGGAAAGAGACAUAGUAAUGAUAUUAAGUUAGUAACACACAAUAGUAGUAGGUUUCAUAAUUUGUUAUUGAAUAGAGAUAUAAAAAUGAAUAAAAAUGAACAUGAUUUUUUAGUUGAUGAAUGUUUAAUGAAAUGUUUGAAAGAAAGUACAUCAAAUUUCAGAACUAAUGAAGAUUAUGAAAGGUAUUGUAAUGAAGACAAAAUAUUAAACCCAGAUUAUAUACCCCUAGAAUCUAAGAAGCUUGGAGAAAAUUUUUUAAAAAAUCAGAAAGACAAAUUUUCCUUUUUUUCUAAUCAAAAUCGUCAUUAUGAAACGAGUGUAAGUAUUGCCGAGUGUGGAAAUAGCUGUUUUAAUAAUGAUAACAGCAUUGGUAAUAGUAAUAGAAACAUGAAUAGUAAAAACAAUAAUAGUGGUAAUAAAGGAGGAUAUGUUUUACAUAAUAAUCCUAAAACAAAUUAUGGGAAUAAUAUGAAAAUUAACAUGUACAAUAACAAUAAGGAUUGCAUGAAUAAUAUUACUGGUAAUUAUAAUAACAGUAGUAGUUUAUACAGUAAUAAUUAUAUAAACUCUAUAAAUAGCGAGUACUAUUUGAAGAAGAAUAAUGAACAUCAUCAUAGCAAUGACAUUUUUAUAAAAUAUUAUGAAAAAUAUGCUAAUAAAGAUAGUGAUCAAUACGAAGAAAAGAAAUUAAAUUAUACGGAUUGUUAUGAUUUUAAAAAUCCAUCGCUAAUAAAUGGAUUAAGCAGGGAAGAUAGUUUCGGCUCAGACGAAGACUUAAAAAAUGAUGAAAAUGACAACCAUACAGAUAACGGUAAUGACUUCGAAAACAGCAACAAUGGAAAGAACAAUGAUAAUAAUGUUCAGGAUAAUGAUAAUGAUAUCGACCAAGAUAAGGAAAAUAACAAUGGUCACAAUGACGACCUGGAUAACGACCACGACCACGACAACGACAACGAAAUUGGCUUUUUAAAGGACUCGCUAAACUCUUUUGAUAAUUUAGAGUCUACAGAAAAGAAAUAUGAAGAAAUAUUACGAGAUUUCAAUGGAAAAAUUCCAUUACUUCACAAAGUGCUGAAACCCUUAACAGUAAAAAAUCGAUCUAAUAACUUUGACAUUUGCCUAUAUUUGUUACAAAAACAUGGAGGAGAUUUAAACAAUGAAGAAAAUAUAUGCAUAUUGAGGGACAAAGAAAUUGUUGAACAUAGUGCAAUAUAUGAUGCCAAAAAAGGCUGUAUAAAAAGUAAUAUAACUAAUGUAACAAAUAUAAAAUUAUACCACCCCAAGUGGUAUAACAAAAAAAAAAUUAUCGAGAGAUUAAAAGAGCAAAGUUGUUAUAAUCCCUUCACCAUAUUUGGAUCAGCACCUAGCUUACUAGAUUUUGAUGAAGUUUUCGAUAAAGAUGUAUAUAACAAAUUUGUUUCGAGAAAUAGUCGUAAAUCUCAUUCAUUAUUAAGAAUAUUAGCUAAACAAAAAGUUAUAAGUAAUUUAAAUGAUAAAAUAACAGAUAAAGAAUGGCCGCAAGUACAUGCGUAUUUAAAAAAAAGAUGGAGUAAAGAAACGAAUAUAGAACUAAAUUGGGCAUGUGAUCCAUUAUUAUAUGAAGAGUUAGAAUGGUAUUUAAGUACAAAUAAUGAAUAUCUCAAUAUGACGGAUAAGGUAGCUGAUAUUGAAGUGUGCUAUUGUCCAACCUUAGAUCCAAGUUCUUACUAUGCAUGGAACGACUCAAGAGUUAUAUACACAAAUUUAUGUUAUAAUAAAUCAAAGGAAGAUAUGGACCCUAACAAUUCUAUAAAAGAGAAAUAUAUGGUAAACAAAAAUUCUGAACUAAAAAAUAAUGAUAAGCAAGUUUCCUUUAGGAAAAGAGCAAGUGGAUGCGAACAUCUCAUGUUUCAACAAAAUGUUAUGAAACAAAAGAAGUUGUCAAAAAGGAAGAAAAAAUUAUUAAAAAAAAAAAAGAAAAAAAUGCUUAAGGAAAAAAAUAAAGCAUUUACCAAUAACAAUGAUAAUGGUAGCAAUGCAGGAGGUAUCUACAAAGAAUCAGCGGAUGGGUACGAAAACAAUGGAAAAAAUAAAUAUUAUCCCCAAAUGCAUAAUGAUGAUUAUACAGCAAAUGAUCAGUACAUGAAUGAGUUAAAAGACGAUGAUAAAGAGAACAAUAAAAGCUCCUAUUAUCCAAACAUUUUUUUGACAAAAAAUAAGAAAAGUGUUUAUCAAAGUAAAAAUGAUUAUGAGGAGGAGGAUGUUAUUCCGAUUAUGACUGUAAACACAUCACUAUAUAGAAACAAGUUGGACAAUAAAUAUAACUGUAAUAAUACUGCAUUUGAUUAUAUUAAAAACAAAGACAAUACAAUAAAAUUUUUUGCUUCCCCCAAAAAAAUAAAAAAAAAAAACUCCAUUAAAAAAUCUAUUAAUAAUUCAGAUUGUUUCUAUUUUUUAAAUUCGUCUAUGAUUAAUUCUGAUAAUAUUUAUAACAACAAUAAUUUUAAUAGAUUCGAUUCGAAGGGUUCGAUGGAUUGCAAUAAUUCCGCAUCUAUUUAUAAUAAAAGUAUAUUCAUUGCAGAUAAUGUAAGAAAUAAGGAAGAAGUAGAUUCAAAAAAAAAAAUGUUUAUUAGCAGCACCAAGGGAAAAAACUUUGACAAAAUUUCUCAAAAUUUUUGUGGAGAUUUGGAAUAUAAUGAAAGUAAGUAUAACAAGGAUAAUAUAUACGAAUUUAAAAGUUCUACAAGUGCAUAUAAUAUAAAUAAAAAAAAUAAUUCAAACGACUUUUCUAAUAACAGAAACAACUGCAAUGAUGGUAGUACUUUGGACUAUGUCACAAGGAAUAAUGAUAAUAAUAUUACAGGAAAUAAUAAUAAUAAUAAUAAUACUUUUAAUAUGAUAAUCCCAAGUGAUACUACAGAACAGUUUCAUAUGAACAAAAAUAAAAACAAUUACGUACAUAAUAGCAAUGCAAAAAUGGAUAUAUUUAGCAAUAUAAAAAUGGACGAAACACUAUUUUAUAAAAGCAAUGAAAAUGAUAGUACCCGCAACAAUGCUAGUGGUAGUAGUAAUAAUCCGUAUGGUGAUAAUAGUAAUAACAUCAAAGAUCAUAAAGAUCAUAGAAUAAAUAUUAAGAAUAACAACAAUAACAGUAAUGAUACUGCAAAAGAAUUCUUUGGUAAAAGCAAUUUCAUUGAUAUAAACUUUUAUGAUAGAGGACAGAUGAAAUUUGUCUCGAAGGACUUCAAUAAUUUACAAAGCGGUGAAUUUUGUAGAAAUGAAUUUGAAAAUAAUAGAAACUUUCAAACUAUGUUAACAAAACCAAAUUUCUCCGAACAAAAUCAAGAUAAAGAAAUAUAUAACAUGGAGGAAUUAAAAGAAAAAUAUAUAAAUGUUUGUAAAGAACAACGUAAAGAUGGCGAUAAUAAUAAUUAUCAUUUUUUUGAGUGUAGUUAUGAGAAAUAUAAUGAUAAUAAUUAUGGUAAUGACAAUAAUAACAGUAAGAUGAUGGUGGAAUAUGUUCAUCAUAAUAAAAAUGCUGAAGGUUACACUCAAAAGGAAAAUAAAAAAAAAAAGAAAAACGAAAAUAUAACUUACGAGUUUGAGAAAAAUAACGAAAUUAUCAUGAAAAAUAUGGGAGGUCUUAUUCCAGAUCAUAAUGUACUAAAGCUAACACAAAAGAACAUUGAUAGAAAAAAUGUGCUAGAAGAAAAAGGUAAAAGUAAUACAUCUUUAUAUUCAAAAAAGAAGGAUACUGAUGUUUCUUUAAGUACUUUUAAUUCCAAAAGAUUAAGUAACAGCAAUAUUAGCGUUAAUGAAAACAGAAAAAUUAGAAGAUACACAAAAAAAAUGUGUCAAGAAGAUGACAACAUAUCUUUCCAACAAUCAGAAAAAAGCAAAGGAAAAAAUAAUAAGGAAAGUGUUGAAACCCCUUCUAGUCAAACUAGCGAGACUUCAAUGUCUAGCGCUUUCAAAAUGGCUACAUCUGUUUUUAAAAAAUUAUUUUAG